AUGGCUAUGACUGGAAUCAGGCACGUGAAUCGUCGUCGAAUUCAGCUGGCGAGGUUGCACGAACUUAUUUACGUGCACGGCAAGGUGACAAAAGAAGAGGAAGAACUUACCGCAGAGGAAAGGAGGAAACUGGAAAGAAAAUUAAAAAAAGAGCGCAAGAAGAAGGAAAAACAGCUGAUGAGGGAAGCUGGAAUCUCUACUAAAAAGGUGGAACCCAAAAAGCAGUCGGGAUCUGAGCUGGCUCUGGCCUAUUUAACCAGCUGGUCUGAAAACCCAGAAGAAUGGAAGUUUCAAAAGACAAGACAAACCUGGCUUCUCUUGCACAUGUAUGAUAAAGAGAAGGUUCCAGACAAGUAUUUCACCAUUUUACUGGAUUAUCUGCAAGGGCUUCAAGGUGGUGCGCGAGACAUAACUGUGCAGAAAGCUGAAGCUUUUAUGAAGGAAUUUGAUGGUUCUGAUGCAGAAGACCCAAACCUGUUGGAGAAGUGCGAGCGCAUACGACAAGUUCUGCAGCUGCUGUCCUGAGAGUAUUUUUGUGUUUUAAUGACUGUCUGGUGGAGAGAAGAAUAAGAUGUCGUAUACAGAGACUGUAAAUUAGUUGUAAAGAC